AUGUCGGUAUCAACUCAAGCCACCAUAGCAUCUUUUGGGGGCAAGCUGCUCAAGCUUGCCCAUAACUCCUCAACUCUCGGCUGUGAGAUGAAGUUCAAUCUCUACAUGCCUCCCCAAGCGACGAACAACAAACUUCAUAAAGUCCCUCUGUUCAUCUGGCUGUCUGGCCUGACAUGUACUGCGGACAACUGUUCCGAGAAAGGGUUCUUCCAGCACGGUGCAAGCAAGAAAGGGAUUGCAGUGCUGUACCCAGAUACCAGCCCAAGGGGGAUUGGUAUCAAGGGCGAGGACGAUGCCUAUGACUUCGGCACAGGUGCAGGAUUCUAUGUCGACGCCACAGCCUCUCCUUGGUCCGACAACUAUAAGAUGUACAGUUACAUCACGGAAGAACUCCCCAAGACCGUCUUCUCUGAGUUUGAUCAAAUCGAUUCGAGCCGAGUGAGCAUCAGUGGACACAGUAUGGGAGGCCAUGGUGCUUUGUCGCUGUACCUGAAGAAUCCUGGCAAAUAUAGGAGUGUCAGCGCAUUUGCUCCGAUUGCGAACCCACUGAAAGCCCCUUGGGGAGAAAAGGCUUUCAAAGGUUACUUUGGUGAAGAGAACUGGCAGAAGAAGGGUGCAGAACAUGAUUCAACGGAGCUUCUGAAGCAAUGGAAAGGAGGUGACCUGGAUAUCUUAAUCGACGUGGGCACUGGUGACAAUUUUUACAAGCAAAAUCAACUUCUGCCCGAAAAUUUCAUCGCUGCAGCAAAGGAGAUUGGACAAGAGAAGGGAGUCAAUGUCAGAUUCCAGCCAGAUUAUGACCACAGCUACUUCACUAUGGCAUCAUUCUCCGACGACCACAUUGACCAUGCUUCGAAAUACUUGUUUGCAUAGUACGUCGAACAUCGGCGUUCAUAGACAGACAACUGACAGGGAUAGAAGCGGAAACAAAAAGGAACAAAGACUCUGACCGUCUUGCGCAUGGUUGUUCAAUAUCAUACUUUUCAGAGCUGGAAGGUCUCCUGCUCCUUUCGCGCGCUUGUCUUAUCGUUGCCGUUGAUUAACUUACUCGCGCUGACCUCUC